UUGGUCCGACGCUUGCGAACCUCCGCCUGGCCUGUCGAGGGACACUUACGCUCAAAUCGCUGCUAAUGAUCGGUAUCUAGAUGGAGUUUUAUAGCUAGAUUUCAUCGAAUAUGCCCACUCGCGUGGCAUCAUACUUCGCGAUAUCAAACCGCAGAAUUUCGUGGUUGGGACGCGCCACUGAGAAUGCGUCCAUUAUUUACGCUUUUGACUUUGGCCUGGCAAAGAUGUAUGUCGAUUCUGUCAAGGGGGAACAUAUCCCGCUUCGCACAGGUCGAGGGUUCUGUGGGACCUGGCGGUAUUCGAGUCAUUGGUCACAUCUUGGUGUUGGUGGAGGACUUUGUUAUAUCGCAUCUGUUUUUUUGGCCGGUCGUUUGACUCGAGCUUGUUAGAGGCCAGUCGACGGGACGACAUCGUAUCGCUCGGUCAUGUAAUCUUUGAACUUCCCCAUGGACGACUGCCUUGGAAAGGUAUCUUCGCGCCAAAUGUGGAAGCCAAGCUGAAGCGGAU